AAAUAUCAAGUGCAUCAAAUAUUUUAUAGUUUAAGCGAGAGAACAUAUCAAAAUGGGUUGUUUAGAUGGUUAUCUUCCAUUAAUGGUUAUGAUAGGAUUACAAUUUCAUUAUGCAUUGCUUGCCAUCUUUACAAGAGCUGCUCUAUUAGAUGGAUUGACUCCUACAGUCUUUGUAGUGUAUAGACAAGGCAUAGCCACUUUGGCAUUGGCACCUAUAAUCUUUUCCCCUAAGAGGAGACAAUCUUUGAAGACUUCACUAGGAUUAAAGAAUUUCUCUUUGAUGUUUAUGACCUCUCUUAUUGGGGUUACAUUAAAUCAGAAUGCAUAUUUUAGUGGUUUAUUCUAUGCAUCUUCUACAGCAGCCACUGCAAUGAGUAAUUUGAUACCUGCAUUAACUUUUGUAUUUGCAGCAAUUUUGGGAUUUGAGAAAAUAGAUCUUAAAAGUUUAAGAAACUUGGCCAAGAUAUUAGGGACAAUUUGUUGUGUGAGUGGAGCAUUAACAAUGGCAUUUCUGAAAGGACAUAAGCUGUUACACAUGGAAGUGUUCUUUCCUGAUUUCAAACAUUUGACUGCAAGUGGAAGUGAGAAUUGGGUGCUGGGUUGUCUAUUGCUCUUAGCAAGUAGUAUUUUUUGGUCAUGUUGGAUGAUCAUGCAGGUACCAAUUUCUUCAUCCUGUCCAGAUCAUAUAUUGUCAACCUUUUGGAUGUGUCUCUUUGCUACAAUACAGUCAGCUAUAUUUGCACUGCUAUUUGAGCAUGAUCUUCAAGCAUGGAUUUUACAUUCACCAUUACAAAUUUCAUGCAGUUUAUAUGCAGGAAUUGGAAUUGCGGUUAGCUUCUUCAUUCAAUCAUGGUGCAUCUCAGAAAGAGGUCCUCUGUAUUGUGCAAUGUUCAACCCUUUAGCAACUGUCAUCACAGCUUUGGUAACUGCUACAUUCCUACAAGAAGAGCUAUAUGUUGGAAGUUUGAUAGGUGGUGUUGGAGUGAUCAGUGGUUUGUAUAUUGUCUUAUGGGGUAAAGCCAAAGACUUUGAUGAGAAGCAACUACAAUCAAACAUUCAGGAUGAUGAGACAAACAAUAAUAGGAUAGAUUUGGAAGAACCGUUUCUUGAAGAGAAGUCAAAACAUGUAGUAGAGACCAAGAUGGAGCACUAAUCACUAUACUAAUUAUAGUUUUGGUGAAACUUGAUCACUUCCAAAAUGAAGAAACCAAAACAGAAUCAACUAGCAAGUUCAAGAACAUUCAUGUUUUUUGUUUUUAUUUUAACUUCAAUUAAUAAAUAUAUAUAAAAAAAAUAAGUUUCAA